CUGGAUAAUAUUUUAUCUGAAUUGAAAUUAGGAAAGUUUCAAUAUAAAAUGUUAUUAUUAUGUGGUGGAGGAUAUUUUGCUGUGUGUUCAGAAAUUUUAGUAUUUGUUUAUCUUAGUGGACCUGCGACAAAAGAGUGGAAUUUAAGUCAAUAUGAGUAUCCAUGGUUACCGUUCUUUAGUGGAAUAGCGGGCAUUAUAGGAGGUUAUAUAUUUGGAACUAUCAGUGAUAGAUUUGGGAGACAAAUGCCCUUCAUAAUAUCAAUUGGAAUAUGUUGUAUAUUUGGUGUGGCAUCAGCAUUUGCACACACAUUUGAAUGGUUAGUGGCUAUUAGAUCUAUGGUAUCUUUUGGAAUUGGUGGUUUAGAAGCAGUGGAUUUUGUACUAUUAUUAGAAUUUUUACCACCAAGAAAUCGUGGUGCCAUGAUGGUAGCCAUCACAUUUUUUGGUGCUGUAGGAGCAGUAUUAACUGGUGGAUUGGCCUGGUUGAUAUUACCACAGUGGGGCUGGAGAUGGUUUGUUGGGGCUGCUGCAAUCCCUUCUAUUAUUAUAUUUCUACUAAGAUUACUGAUUAGAUAUGAAUCUCCUAGAUACCUAUUUAUAAGUGGUAAAACAGAACAGGCCAUCAAAGUUUUGAGGAAAAUUGCCAAAGAAAAUGGAUCUGAAUUAUCAACAGAAAAUAUAAUUUGUGAAAAGAGUAAAGAUAGAGGUCAUAUUAGUGAACUAUUUUCUAAAGAUUUACGUGCUAGAACUCUAGUAGUAUCGCUGGUGUGGUGUUUUCAGUCUACUGGAUACUGGGGUGUAACUAUUUACUUGCCAGAAUAUAUAGCUUCCUUAGGAGUUGACUCAUACUUUAACAUGUUCACUAUUUUUAUAGGAGAACUUCCUGGACUAGUUUUGGCCAUGAUUUUAAUAGAAAAACAUAUGUUAGGCCGAAUAAAAUGCCUAAAACUUUUUUCCAUAGCGACUUCCAUAUCAUUGAUUUUAUUUGCCUUUAUUCCUGUAGAUUUUUUAAAAGCAGUUAUUGUUAUAGUAUGUUAUUUUUUCAUGGUACCUAUAUAUUCCAUUUUAAAUGCAUUUACUCCUGAAAUUUAUCCGACCAAAAUAAGAAGUACAGCAAUGGGCUGGGCUAAUAUUAUCAUUGAAAUUCCUGGCUUGAUCACUCCUUUUGUUGGUGCUCUCUUGUUAUCUAGUGAUAUAAAAUGGCUGUACCCAGUCGUUUGGGCUGUCAACUUUUUUCUCCAAUUUCUAUGUACAUUUGGUUUUAAAGUAGAAACGGCAGGAGCUGGCAUC